CACAUACAUCACUUUAGCGCAAUUAGCAUCUCCUUGAAUUUGAAACGCCAAGUGAUUUGUAUCAUUACACAAAUCUCUCCAUUAUUUUUAUAAAGAAAUUUGCAAAUGGAGUGCAGAUGCAGAGUGGUGUCAAAAAGUGUAAACAAGGCAUUUUAAUGGGUGUUCAAAAGUUGUGGCUAAAGAAGCCUUUUUAAAAAUCCUGCUUUGUGAGGAAUUAAUUUCUAAUUUCUAAUCUAGAAGGUACAAAGUCAGAAUGUUGAGAUCUACACAAGGAAUUUUAUAUGAUCUCUUUAUCAUUUAACAAUUCCCUGUCUGAUAUUAUAUUCAUGGGCGCCGUAAAGGGGUGGAAGGUUAGGACGAUUCUAAGGGCCCAGGCUGAUUUAGGGCCCAGAAGAGCAGACCCCCUUUAUAUUUUCCUAUUUGUAGGGGGCCCAGAAAUUUUGGUUUCCAUAGGGCCCAGAAUUUCUGGCGGCACCCCUGAUUAUAUUACUGUGUUAGCAUAUGUACUGAGUGAAAACAAAAAGAGCAAAACUUUUUUCAAACUUUUUUCACAACAAGACGCAAAUAUAUCAAAUAAUUAGAUAAAGAUUCUCAUGCAAAUAAACUAAGAAUGUUUAUUUCACCUCAAGACUAAAAUACACUACAAGACUUUUGCUCAGAUUUUGGACUUGUUGCAGAAAGUCUGUGUCAGUCUGCAGAUUUGAUCAGUUGGUGUGUUUCUAUAUGAAAAAAGUCUGCAAGUGGAAUGAUGUCUGGUUUAAAAAAAUCUGAUUUUGUAGUGUAUUCCUGCCAUUAUGUUGCAGUUCAUUGGUGCUCAGAUCUAUAUUCUGCUAAAUCUCAUUAAAUUCUCAAUGUUGGGAAAUCCAAUGUCUUCACAGUCUUGAAUGUAUUCUUCCAUUUUGCUGGAUUGAACUCCUGUGAUGGGUUCAGUUUUGUUGCUGUGAAGGCUUAGGCAGGUGAGGGUGCAUCCUUAAAGUUGCCAUGACAACCUCUUCACCCUAAUAACACUGUUCUGAUAAUGAAGGGGGAGAGCCUUAACAUGUUAACAUGUGAAACACAUUUACAAUUUGUAUCAGACAUGUCUAUGCAAUGUAAACUAUUACAUCAUGAUUCAAUAAAAGUUCCAAAACAAAAAAUACAAAAUUAAUGAUAGAAAUAAGAUAUAAAAUCAUCGACCUUACUUUUACAUUUUUCGGAGAAGUUUUUAUUUAAUUAAUAGUAUUUUCCUGUGUCAUAGGAUAAAUAUAUUUUUUGGUAUUACAUAAAUAUAUUUGCCUGAUUAAGCUAAUAUUAAAUUUCAAAUAUGAACAAGAAGUUUAUACAUCAUGAAAAAUGAUUUAAAAAGUGGCCAAGAUAGGGUUGAAGUCUUUCUUGGAGGCUGGUUGAGAACCAUCUGAGGAGAACAGGCUGAUGGAUGACAUGCGACAGUGUAGAGCAAAAUGAGGUUAUAGUAUUUAAUUGCUUGGGGUCAGAGCUGUGCUCUUCAAAGGUGCGGGAGCAUUGAGGCAGGUGAUGAACAGAGUUUUAGAUGUGCAUUUAAAAGCCAGAUGCAAUAGUCUUAACGUAAAUUUAAGGUUCAGUUGUGGUUUCAGAUCAACAGUUGCAGACUCUAAUUAACAGUUUUCAACACACUGCCAUUCUAAUUAAUGUUUUUUGCGUUGAGUCAUGCUGAAAAGUAAGGAUCAAAACACUUGUGAAGUUUUCAUUCUUGACACUAGAAUGAGCUAGAAGGGGGGAGCUAAGUGUUUAGAUAAUGUAUACUGAUUACCUUUACCUUCUGGCUGCCUGUGCUAAGAGGCUUUUAAUUGAUCCAAAUGUAUCUGGACAUGAUUCCAAACAAACAGUGUUAGAUUGUGUGAGAGUGUCUACAUCAUCUUCAGUUGUCCUUUAGAUGGUUCAUGGUUGUUAUAACUGUGUUUGGUUAUAAUAUAACUAUUUAUUUUCAAUUUAAUUUAUGUUAAUAAUAAUUUAUAUUCAUAUUUUAUUGUAUAUUCAUUUUAAGAUUUGCGGAGGUCUACCAGAAGUUAAGUCCGCACAAUGUUUGUUCAUGCUGUUGCCGCUGAAACGGUCUAUUGGUUAGGUUAAUGACACGAAAUAUGUGGUUGUUCAUGGUCCACAGCUGUCUAACAGUAAUCUUAAAUGUUAAUGGUUUAAAAUAGAAUCAGUUGUGUAUAGGUUUAUAGAAUUAUUGUUUUAAUCUCUGAGAAAAUUGAAAGAUUAUUACUAAAUUUAGCUAGAGCAGUUGUGCUGCAGGAGCAGAAAAGUUACUCCCAAACAGUACACUGGUCUGACGAGCCCGCUUUAAGCAUCACCAGAAAAGAUUUCAGCCGAGAGACUAUUUUGAGACAUAAUGCAGAGUAGGCAAUUAGCCGGCUAAUUAUGGAAACUGAAAAGUUUAUCUGCACCUGCCCAUCAAACUCAACAUGUUGUCCAAAUUGAAGACAUUCUUAUUGGUAGGCAUUUAUCUAUAAAGUCUUCAGGGUCUGGAUUACACAUUAUGGCUUUUCUCCAAAGACUGCACAGCACUCUGUCUCUGUCACUUCAUGUCCUCCUCGUGGCAUCAAAAGCAUCAGAGCAGUUGAACUGGAAGUGUUUGGCCUUCCUUUUGAUAAACGGAAGAGAGAUUGUGAAUACACACUGCAUUUCAGUACGUCAGAUUGAUGGAAUUUGAAACACUUGAUCGAAAUUUCUUAUUUCGCUUUUCGCAAAAGAAUACUAUUUGAACCUAACGGAGGGCAUGGUAAAAUAUUUUAGCUUAAAUUUAGGUAUUUCAAGAUUUUCAUUAUAUUUUGUAGAAUUUAAAGUUAUGAAUUACAAGAAACUGUGGUGCUGUUCUUUACACACCCGAUGGAGUCAAAAAUCUUUAGUUUUAAGGUGAGACAAAAAUGUGACCAAAGCAAACCGUAGUGUUUUUUGUUAUGUGACAGAUGGGAGAUGUUAAAAGGCUUAAGACUUAUUGGGGAAACUUAAUAUAUUGCCAUGUGACGUGCAGUUGAUGUCAUGUCAUGGUAAAUUAUGUUAUGAUUCCUCUUUUGUUCUCUCUCUAUCUCUCUCUCUUUUCCCACAACAUACCACACAUUUUCCGUCACGUUUUUAUUCAUUCUGUUCUUACUCCAUUCAUGAAAAAUCCAUCUUUUUUGGUUACUGAAGAAAUUAUUUUUUUAACAAUAUUUUUGACUUUCCCUAAAAAUAAAUGUGCCUAAAGGGUUCUUUGUCAGGCUGUGUAGUUCCAUAAAACACUUUUGGCACCCACUGAAGCUUCCACACAAGGUACUGCAGACUAAGGGGAAUAAAUAGGUGGUUCUUUAGAAUUUAUGACCGAAGCUUAUUUGACAUUGCUGCCUAUUCCUAUGAUGUAUCUGGUCCUGCUCCCUCUCUUAAACAGACAGACAGAGCUCCAUUUAACAUCAGAAUUGAAAUGUAAUGCUGACUUUGUCUACUGUUUUAUUGGUAACUGUCCAGAUUUAAAAAAUUGCACAGCCUUGAUCUGAACAUGUGGUACGUCAGGUCAGCCUAGUUUAACUGGUACACACACAGUAUUUUAAGGGCUGAGGCCAAGAAAGAGUAUUAGGUGGCUCAGAUAGGUGCUCAGGCCUAAUCUGGGAUUAACGGUGCUACUCCGCAGAUUGCCUUAGGGAUUUCUCAGGUCUCUUUAGGAUGCCUGGUAGAACCAUGUUGAUGUCAGAGCUGCUGAUAUAGUUAUGGUCCCAUCGUUUUUUUUCCAUCGAACAUCUCUGAGUGCUGGUUUAUCAAGACAAAAGCACUGUCUGGCCUUUUUCACACAUCGAAAAUAUGUCAUACAAUGCAAAAUAGUUUUCUUUUAAAUACAGUGGCAAAAUUACAACUUUAAUAUAGAUGUUUUUUGCUAUUAAGAAAUAUAAAAUCCGUACUAAAAUAACGAUAGUAUAUGAUUUUUCAAACUGUCAAAGGCACAAGGCAAAGAACUGAGCAUCGCCAAUGAAUAAUAAUGAGAAGACGAUAAUUAAGCUCCGCCCACCUCUACAGUUCUAGCACGGAGCUGUCCGUCAUCGGAGGUGCUGAAGACUCCUCUACGCAUCCUUGGAAGUACAUGAAAUCAGGACAUUUAUACAUAUAUGGACAAUGGAUUAGUUCAGUAAAAUGGAGAUAAAAACACACGACACAGUGGGAAGAAAUUGAGGCCCAAAAUGAAAACUCGAGUUUUUUCUUUAAAGAUUGGAUUUUGCAACAUAACAUUGAAUAUGAUCACUAGCUGCGUCGAUCAAAGAGCAACUUGAAUGAACGGGAAAAUACAAUCUGCUGCAUUAAAUCUGUUCAAUUUCUCAUUUUUGUUGCUCCACAGGUAAGUUUCUACUAUUAUUAUUUUAUUUAGGAAAAUUUUGAAUAAAAGUGUCAUACAAAGUCGUUUUUGGUUUCCGCUUACAUUUGCAUUUCUAGUCGAUUCAUUCUUUUUUACAGAAUUAAAAUGACAUAUCGUAACAUACUGCUUUCAAAUGACUUGACAUGAUUCAGUUCCCGAUUGAACGUUUCUGGUGCACGUACAGCAGCGCUCAGAUUUCCAACUAAACCGUUUAGUGACAUAAUACACCAGUUUAGAUUUUCACUUUAGAGAUCGAUUGGCCAAAGAAUCACAGAAAACGAAUCCAAACGAAUUAUUGCAGAAAUAACAAAAAAGUGUCAUUAACAUCUGAUUUAGUUAAAACAUUUUCUUAAAUGUAUAUUUGUAGAACAACCACAGAUUUAUACAGAUAGUCUCAUCACAAUAAUUAUAUUUUAACCAUGUAGUAAAACUGUGGUAACACAAUGUUAAUCAAAACCAAAUCAUGGUUACUAAACUUUUUCUGUAAUAAAAACAUGGUACAUUUUUCCUAAUAGUUGUAGUGAGGAGUGGGACCGAAGCAACUUGUUUGCGGCUUUGAAGUGGCAGUAUAUACUGGUCCCGUAUUCUAAAAGGUUCUAAUUAUUCUAAGCUAUUAAUUUAGCAGAAAACAUCUACGAAGGAGUCUUAUCUUAAAAAACAAUUCAGGACCAAUCUGAGAGCAACUCUGCGCAAGGAAAAGACAAAAACUUUAAUCUUAAAGAGGAGGCCGAGUUGACCCCGUUGCUAUGUAUGAUACAGUCUUUGAGAGACUGUGAGUGGUUGGUUGGCCAAGAAGGAAAAAAGAAAGUAAACGGGCAUUAGUCUUUCCGGUUUUACCGUACUCACGCAAACACACGCACGCACUCGGUAUUUAUCAUGCUGUUAAUGUUAACGUAUUUGAUAGAAUAUGAACAAUGAGACAAUACGUUACUGUUAUUGUUUGUGUGGUCACUAUAGAAGGUUGUGACAGAACCAAAUCACCAUAGCUGCAUUUCUCCAGUGGCUAAAUAUGUUAAUGUAGUGAUUUCUUCUAUUUCUGGCGCUAUGGCAUUUCUGCGCUGUCUUGUGGAUGUUAGCGUGUCUCUAAAAGAACCGGUCACAAUCAUGAAUCCUUCACUAUCUAAUGUGUUGUGUCUUAUUAACUCACUGUCAUUCAAUUCAAUGUAGGCUAAUUUUAUUUUAUAGAGUUUAUUUUAAAACCAAAUCCAAGAUAAACAAAAGUUGAACACACAAAAAACUAUAAAAAAAUCGGAUAAACCUUAAAAGUAAUAUGGAAAUUGUCAUGCAUUGCAACACAUUUCUUCUCACUUUUCGUGUUUCGUCCAUUUUCUCGUUUAAAGGGGUCAUAUGGCGCUAAUACGUGUUUUCCUGUGUCUUUUGGUGUGUUAUAAGUUGUACAUGCAUUAGACACGUAUAAUUGCAAAAAAUAAAGUGUUGGAACAAAAGCUGCAAUCAAAUGUAUACGCAAGUAAGGCAGGCAUACCUGUCAGUAUACAAUCUUAUGUUUGACGUCUCAUUUUACUUUUAUAUAUGGAAAACGUGUGUGCUUCGCUGUAGCGUCAAGAGAACGGGUUAAGCUUGCAACCAUUUGACGUCACGGAUUUCGACGCAAUUUUGAAUAAUUUCACGGGAAAACUUCCACAUUUCUAAGAAUUUUGGUAGAAUUUUGACACUAUGUGCAACUCUUUGUGCUAAGAUUUUUCAUGAAUACGGGCCGUGAACUCUGCCACUGCAGAGUUGUUCUCAAAUGAAAUGAGCACUGGUUGGUGAAAAUCAGAGCUGCUGACAAGAAGUUGGGUUUUGUGUACCCUGCAUUAGUAUCACUCUGGAUUUGGAAUAGAUUACACAUAUAGCGUUGAUGGUGUAAAUCUAAUUUCAGUAAUCUCUGCUCAACAAUACGAUAAAACUAAGCGUCAUUAUAUGGAGAAAGUUCUUUUGUGAAGAACUUACAUUCUAAUGCAGUAAUGUUUAGAAAAUGUACAGAUGUUGUGUAUUCUUUUCAAUAACAACACAUUUUGAAUCAAUAUACAACAGCAACGACUAUAAUUAUUAAUUGAUUCUAUCAGAAGAUUUCUAUAAAGGCUAGCUUGACUUUGUUAGCUGACAAGUACAAAUAUAGUGAUCUUCCCGUGGGUGGGUUGAUCUUAGUUUUUUAGGUACGAGCAGGACGUAUUUUUAGGUGUAAUGUUUAAGAUGGCAAUGUUGUUGAUGUGAAAUUGGUUAAAACAAGUCAACAGGAUAAAUACAACCUAUUCAUAUUUAAAUACAACAUACAACAUAAACCGUCACUUAACUUUACAUUAGACCAGUCGGGAUGAUAAAAUCAUUCAAACUGUUCAGUGAUCUUCUCAAUUAAGCUCUUUGUAAAUAGACUAGAGCAAUGAAUAGUGUAUUUUGUAAGUAUCCGUCACACUGCUAUCUGCCAUAGCUUUAUUAAUGGUAACCGAUUAAACACUGCAUAGAUGAAAUGAUUCAUAUUCCUGUUUUUUGUCAAACUUGUUGUUCUAUCAAGCACUGGAUGAAUAGGCAAAAAGACAAGAGAGAAUGGCAAAGAUUUGUACAGAGCACUCCUACCCAUCCCGGCACCGGCUCACGGAUCAAGCUUCUGAUGAUGAACUGAACAUGACUGAAAAUGGGGCCAUCAGGGCACAUUCGCUCUGUGAGGACACCCCCUCUGGAACAAGCCAGCUUCUGGAAUCCAGGAGAAGUUCUUUCACAGGUGCAGGGGCUUUGGCAAGACUUACUCACUUCCUGGUUAUGCUGCGGAACUGGGCAUCUCAUAGGCUUCACAGAGAGGUUGAGCGUCCUGACUCCUUCUUGGAGCGUUUCCGAGGACCAGACCUCAAAGACUUAUCUAGCCGAGGAAGUAAUGCCCAUUCCUCUGUAGGUCUUCCUGACAGGCCUCAUAAGAGGAUAAAAGCCAAACAUUGGCCUUUGGCACCUUACAACAUGAACAACUGCAACAAUACUGAUGACAAAAAGGAAGAGAAAAAGGAGGAAAUAAAAAAAGAUGGUGUCAAGGAGGAGAAAAAAGAGGAGAAAAAGGAAGAGAAAAAAGAGGAGAAUAAAGAUGAGAAAAAGGAAGAGAAAAAAGACGAGAAAAAGGAGGAGAAAAAAGACGAAAAGAAAGAUGAUAAAAAGAAAGAUGCUCCUCCCUCACCGAAAGAAGUUUGGAUCAUGGAUCCAGCCUCAGACAAAUAUUACAGAUGGCUCACAAUCAUAGCAGCGCCAGUGUUUUACAACCUCAUUAUGCUUGUUACAAGGGCUUGUUUCAAUGAGCUUCAGAACUCUUAUACGAUUCUUUGGAUCAUCCUGGACUACAGCUCAGAUGUGAUCUACUACAUGGACACGUUUGUCAGAUCAAGAACAGGUUUCUUGGAGCAGGGCCUUCUUGUUAAAGAUGAAAAGAAGCUGCGAGACCAUUACAAAACAAUCCCGCAGUUCAAAUACGACAUGAUUUCAAUGAUCCCCACAGAUUUAGUAAUGUUGAAAGUGGGAUUCAACAAUCCUGAACUUCGCUUCAACCGUCUCUUCAAAAUGGCACGCCUAUUUGAGUUCUUCGACCGCACGGAAACCAGAACGAACUUCCCGAACAUUUUCCGUAUCAGCAACCUUGUGCUCUACAUCCUCAUCAUUAUUCACUGGAACGCUUGCAUAUUCUUUGCCAUUUCUAAAACUAUCGGCUUUGGGACCGACACAUGGGUAUAUCCAAACAUAAGCCACCCUGAAUAUGGCCGCUUAGCCAGAAAAUACAUCUACUGUCUGUAUUGGUCCACUCUUACUCUUACCACCAUUGGAGAAACUCCUCCACCAGUUAAAGACUUUGAAUAUUUGUUCGUCGUUGCCGACUUUCUCAUCGGAGUGUUGAUUUUUGCCACCAUCGUCGGUAACGUAGGUGCAAUGAUCUCCAACAUGAACGCUUCUCGUGCUGAGUUCCAGGCCAAGAUCGAUUCCAUCAAGCAAUACAUGCAGUUCCGUAAAGUCAGCAAAGAUCUGGAGGCUCGGGUCAUCAAAUGGUUUGACUACCUCUGGACGGAGAAGAAAACGUGCGAUGAGAAGGAAGUCUUGAAGAACCUUCCAGAUAAGCUCAAAGCGGAGAUAGCCAUCAACGUCCAUCUGGACACGUUAAAGAAGGUUCGGAUCUUCCAGGAUUGCGAAGCCGGACUGCUUAUUGAGUUGGUGCUGAAGUUGCAGCCACAGGUUUUCAGUCCUGGAGAUUACAUAUGUAAAAAGGGCGACAUCGGACGAGAAAUGUACAUCAUCAAGGAAGGGAAGCUUGCUGUAGUGGCUGAUGACGGCGUCACGCAAUUUGUGGUGCUCAGCGACGGUGCCUACUUCGGAGAAAUCAGCAUUCUUGGAAUUAAGGGCAGUAAGGCCGGAAACAGGAGAACGGCAAACAUUCGUAGUGUUGGCUAUUCAGAUCUUUUCGCCCUUUCGAAAGAUGACCUGAUGGAAGCGCUCACCGAGUACCCUGAUGCCAAAAAAGCCCUGGAGGAGAAAGGAAAGGCCAUCCUGAGGAAGGACAACCUUCUUGAUGAGGCUGUGGCAAGCGCAGGUGCUGAUCCCAAAGAUCUGGAAGAGAAGAUUCAACGUCUAGAGGGAAGCCUUGAUAUCAUGACCUCUAAAUUUGCCAAGCUGAUGGCAGAGUACACGUCUUACCAGAGCAAGAUCAAGCAGAGGAUCACCAACAUGGAGAGUAAAGUUAAAACAUUACGAGUUGAGGAUCUGUCUGAGGUGGUCGAGGACAAGAAAGAUGAUGACAAGAAGGCAAAAUAACCCAAGCAGAGACAUUGGGGAUAACGGGGUUUUAUGGUCAAUGUACAUAUUUCUUAUAGCACAUUACUUUGUAAAGGUUUAUACUUAUCUAUUUAUACAUUUUACAUAUGACAUUAUAUAAUUUCAAUGCCGUGUAUUAUUCAAUAUGAUAUAUUGAAGAGCUCAGAUGAUACAAUUAACAUACAACGCAGGAUCUUUGAUGCUUCUUUAUCAUAAAAGAGAAUCACUGGUACCUUCUUGCAUGAUGUAAGAAUGUAUUCUUUGUUGACACAUGACUAAGUCUAAACUUUAGACAGAAUUGAAAUAGAGCAAACACAAUUUGUUAACUCUUCUCACAUGGUAUCCACAUUUUAUGCUUCUAUAAUAAACAUUCUAACAAAAGUGCCAUGUUGGUUAAAUAGUUCUGGUUUAUAUGAAUAUGCGUUUGAAUGACACAAUUUAAACAAUGUAGAAUUUAAAAAGAAGUGCUAGGGACUUUGUGGAGUGUGUUGCUCAAGGGAUCCAAAUUUAGAUGUAAAUGGGUCAUGACAUUAAUUUUUAUUUUAUUCUCUGAGGUGUAACUUUAAUUAUAAUUUUAGCCCAAAAACUUACUAAAUUCAAUUUUACACUGAGGUUAAUUUACAGUGAUUUCUGUUACUGAGAUUCAUAAAUGAAUCUUAGUCUUUUGUGUUUUAAUGUUUAAAAUGACUUUCGCAGACAAAAUGUAAUUGUGCCAACAAAUAAAGUUCAUUUAUUAGAAAACGUAACAAACAAAAUAUAUAGUCUGUAUUUUAAAUGGAUUGGACCAAAUGUGUGUAUAACCAGUGUCUUGGACCCAAUGCUGUUUUUUGGGCAAUGUAAUAAAAACUCAAGAAUGAACGCAUCAGUUACAAAUAGUAUUUAAAUGAAAUGCAUUACAGUUUGCAGGAUUCUUGCUUGUCCCAUAACAAUUAGCAUGCAAGUCAGUACUGACAUGACUUGGGCAUUGGUUGAAAAUGUACAUUUUCCACAGUCAGGAAGAGCAAAACGUUUGUGUGACAUGACAUCGCAAUCUUACUUGUAUUUCAAGCCUGUAACCCAGUCCUCCUCCCGAUCCACUUGUUGCUCAGACUGAACGCCAGUGGGCGGAGCCAAUGAUGUAAAAGUAGUAGGUAUUGUUACCUUUGCUGUAGGUAUGUCAUAUGUAAAUGACUCUACCUUGUGAUGUCACAUAUCCAGAGAUUGUGCAUUAGAAUUUUCCAUAAAAUGACAACAUAUUUGCUUUGCUUAUUGAUGAGGAGGACUUGAAACUAGCAGGAUGUAAUUAUGAUACCAGGAACUUAUACUGUCAAAACACGUUAACAUGUGUUAACAUGGUGCUAAAUUGUAUGUGAACUUGAAUCAAAAAAGCUUUUUUACAUCUAAAAGCUACACUUAAGAUUUAGGUGUUUUUAAAAAUAAUAUAUCCGUCGAUGCUCAAUAUUGCUUGAGAAUGUGGAGAAACGAAACUU